AUGCCUUCACUGUUGACUUCCCGUGUCGGAAAUUCCCUGAAACUGAUCUUCUUGUCCUACGGCAUUCAGACAGAGCCAGAUCUGGCGGUACAUCAUGCAGCCACGGCGGGCUCCGAGUUCAGCGUGAACCAGUUGGGCGUGGUCUUGAUGUUGGUCUUGUUGGGGGUCAGUGUCAUGGCCACUUGCUCUGCCCUCGUCAAUGCUUCCAGUGCUUCCAGUGAUACCACCUUUGGUGAAGCCCUGUCCGCAAGCAGUGACGUCUUCAUGUACAUGUAUGUCUUGGAUUUCCUGGUGGAUCUCUGUACCCCCUACCUGGGAAAGGAUACCUUGAGGGGCACUUGGGCCAUUGGUUUCUUUGGCAGGUGGGUGAACGAGCGGAACGAGUUCGAAUCGGCCAAGUCGCAGAAUCAGAAGUUUCGUUGGAAUUCCCUGGGUGCGGAGGUCUUUGGCGUUCGUGCUGGAAAAGGCAAAGCAGACAAGACUGGUGCGAGCCAGAGCGGUUCCUACCUUCUGCCGCAUGGAAAGGUACAAACGACCAAGGACGAGGCCUGGACUGGCGAUGCCCAAAUCCAAAGCCCCGCACGGAACCUGGAUCGUUCAGAGCGUCACAUGGGUCAUAGGCCACCCAUGCCCAAAGCCCCUGCAGCCCUGGAGCGGCUCCAAAAGCUCAAGGAAGACGCCGCAGCGAGUCUCCAAGAGACGCAAGGCCUUUCCAAAUCCUUGGGCCCCAGAGCCAAAGUGCCAGGGCCACCAGCCCCAGGCUCCAGCCUCGGCCCUGCGGCGGCAGCUGCCGCCAAGGCGGCUGCCACCGCCAAGGCCGCGGCUGCGGCUGCGGCUGCGGCUGGGCCAGCGGCAGAAGCGACCACAGAGACCCCUGCUGCGGCAGAGCAGCCAGCUAGUGAGGCGGCCAAGGAAGCAAUGGCGCCAACGACCUAUUGGACUGAAGUUCAAACUGAAGAAGGUGACACCUACUACCACAACGAAGCCACGGAUGAAACCGCCUGGGAACUGCCACCUGGUGGUGUCAUCAAGAAACCUGACGACAACCCUGCAGCUACAGAUGCUGAGCAGCCAGCUGAGUAUGAUACUCCUGCUCCAGUUCCGGAAGCUUUGAAGUGCCCACUCUGUGAAGAUUACCUGGACGAGGCGGUUCUGGCCGUGUGCUGCGGAAGCAACUUCUGUCAUCGCUGUGUCACAGCGGCCAUGGCAGAAGCACCCCGGCCCAAUACCUGUCCCAAGUGCCAGACGGAGGUGCACCAGCUGGUGCCCAACGAAGAUCUGCGUCGCCGUGUCCGGGAGGCAUUGCCUGUCAGCUAUUGGAGUCCGGUCACCGCGGACGAUGGCCAGACCUAUUAUUACAAUCUCGAGACAGGAGAAGCUGCCUGGGAACUCCCACGUGGUGGACAGGCCGAAUCCAAGGAACGGAUCGAAGCCAUGAUUGCACCCGAGGUUACCCUGUCUGGUGAGCACUUGGACGUCGACAUCGGGCGUUCCAGUUGCGUCAGCGACGUCCGCCAUGCAUGCGUGGAUCACUUCGGCCUGCGCGCGCGGAUGGGGAAGCUGUUGCUGGAAGAAGAGCUUCUGGAUGAUGAUCAGGAGAUUCGGGAGGUGCCCCAAACGUGGCACUUGAUCUUGGCCUCGUCCAGUCGUUCGACGGCCCUGGCGGCGGCGCAGCGGGCAGAGGAAUUGCAACGGCACCAGGAAGCUGUGUUGCACUUGCAGACUUGCCAGCUGCCAUUGUCGCGCGGAGAGCGGGAGUGCUUGAUCAGAAACGCCAAGAAAGUGAUGCAGCCGUUGCGGAAGAACGUUUCGCCGGAAGAUGGCUCCCUUGCAGCGGCGGAUGAACUGGAAACCUUCUCAAAGUCGCUUCUGGAUUUCCUGGGUUGGCCGCGCCAUGAUAGCUGGUCCGCGGAAGAUGAGGUUUGCUACAAUGGCUUCGUCGGCGAUGUGCACCGAUACCUGGCCAGCAUGCUCGGUCCAGAACUGUCCGGAGAACACGUGCAAAAAGCAUUUAAUGCCUAUCAGACUGCCAUGGUUCCCAUUCAGGAACUCAGCCCCCUGAAUCCAGUGCGUUUGGGCCUUUGCCUCAAAUGCGCUGUGUUCCACCAAGAGGUCCUCGAGGACCAGGACAAGGCCAUCGAGAUCGCACGGCACGCCUUUGAUGAAGCCAUCGGCUUUAACCUGGGCCGAGGAGAAGAUUGGGAACUGGAAGGCUUCGACAAGGCUGCGGUGCGCGAAGUGCUUCAGCUGCUACGGGACAACCUGACGCUGUGGGUCCCGGCUUCCAGCUGA